UCCACCUCAGUAUUAAUAGCAGCUGGCUGGUGGUGCCACCUCCACCUGCCGCCUCACUCUAAAAUCGUCCCGGGCGGUGGGUUGUGGCACUGGCACACUCACUGCUACCAUCACCAGUGCCUCUACCCCGGUGGCCCGCCGAUAACCGUUUCAAUACAUUGUCAAGUGUGUGAUAUUGGGUGGAUGAACUAGUUGAGAUAUAAAGGGGAAGAGAUUCAUAAGUGACCAUAAAUUAUUUAACACGUACAGUAGUGAAGUGUGUGGGAAGCAAUGCUGCCUCUAGCCUCUGCAAUCCGACUGGGGUUGCCUAAGCCCCUACAGCAGAGGUCACACGCUGGCGAGGAUGUGGCCACUAGGCUGGCCCGGGCCUUCGUGGCGUGUGAUGUGGGUGUGCUACGGGCGUGUCUGGAAGAGGGCGUGGACCCUAAUCUUCCUCUAGCGGGGGGACAUACGCCUAUUACUCUCCUACUCUCCACGGCCACGUCAGACCGUUGGGAAGACUUGAUAAAGCUGUUGCUGGAGGCAGGAGCUUCGCCACACACCCGCGACCCCCGAGGCACCCCGCUCGUGUCACUGCUCAUCAUCGCCUGCAGUACAGAUUUGGUACGAUUUGUCUUGGACAAAGGCGCAGAUGUCAACGCUUGUGGUCCAAGUGGCGACACGCCCGUGCAGGUUGCUGUCCACUACCGCCAAGUUGAGAGUCUACGCCUCCUGCUGCAGCGCGGCGCCGACCCCAACACACACUCCUGUGACGGCAACACUCCUCUCAUGUGGGCUGCAGGACGCAGCAAUGGGAUAGGCAUGCAAAGAUCCCUCUCUUGUGUCAGACUCCUCCUCAAACACGGCGCUCAGGCCAACUUUAGAAACCGUAGAGGGUUCACCCCGCUAAUGGCUGCGUCAGUCAUACGCGAGACAGAGACGGUGCGCACCCUGCUGGCCGCAGGCGCCGAUCCAGAUUCGACAGAUGAAAAGGGAGAGACUGCCCUCAUUAAGGCUGCCGAUUCCGAUGCCGAAAGCGUGGUAAAAGAACUCCUGGUGGGUAAAGCGAGUGUCAACCGGCAGAGUAGAGCUGGCUGUACAGCACUGAUGAGCGCUGUGUCAAUGGCGGUGAUGACCAAACUGCUGCAACAUCAUGCAGACCCUACGCUGGCAGCUCAGGACGGCAACACACCGCUGCACCACCAGGCCAUGGGGAACCGCCCCGAGCUGGCACUUUCCCUGCUCGAGUAUGGUGCCGUCCUGGAGGCAAGGAAUGACCAAGGCAACACACCACUGCAGACGGCUAUACGCUGCAGGGGCUACGCCGUCACACACCUCCUGCUGGACACGGGUGCCAAUUGUACCUCCGUCAACGACAUGGGUGUAUCCGUGCUUCACGACGCCCUGCUGCCCUGGGACUACUACAACACGCACGACAUAUUCCCCGCCCUCAACACCCCGACACUCAUGGCAGAGCUCUUGUACUACUACUGCAGCGGCUCUGAAAUGACACAGGGCAUCGUCGAGAGGCUGUUGGAGCGAGAGGCGGAUCCAGGGCUUGAAGGGGAGCAGGGGGUCACGCCCCUCAUGCUGGUCGCCGCCUGCGGACACGAGCGACUCCUGCGGCUAUUCCUUGAGAGAGGAGCUUCCCCGGCCACCUGUGAUGCCCUAGGCCGCACUGCCCUUGCCUACGCCUGCAAGUGGGGCCACACCCGCCUGGUGAGCGCCCUCCUCACCUACGGCAGCCCCGUCAACACCCUCGACACCCACAACAACCUUCCCAUCUACUACGCCGCCCAAUACGCCCACACGCCCAUACUCUUAACCCUCAUGGUCGAAUUUGCAUUUUAUGUCUGUUGUCACGGUCCUUGACAGCUACGAAAGACCGGGCCAUAAUACGAGACAAGACGAGCCUCGACUGUCAGGACCAUAAAAUUCACUAUGAUGAACCCACAGUUGAUAGUCUCACUACACGACUGACUUCGAAUUAACAAAGUCAUGACUAAAUGAUCGUGAUAACAUACAUAUAAUCACGAUCAUUUAGUAUUACGAGAUAUUGUCCUCAUACUGGCCGGAGAUAAGAUGGCUCUUAAGAGAUAACCUAAGAUAACCUCACAUUUCCUCGAGGUAACUGUGUUGUGUUCUGGUCGAAGUUUCUAAGUGUGUAUAUCCAUAGUUUAACUUGCCUGACUCUCACCACCUGGUAAUAAAGCCAACAGACCAUACUGAAGCCUCUACCAUCAUCAUACUGUUUACUACUCAAUCUUAUUUAUCAUAUUAAUGCCUUUGAAUUAUUUAUACUUAUGAACAUACAACUGUGAAAUAUUCUACUAAAAUAAUGACUUUCAAUUCAGAGUUUUUCGUUCAUCUCACGACAUCAACACCAGAGAGAUAAGGGACAGAUAUUUUACCCAUAACAAAAUUAAAAGUUCAGAUAAUAUAAUUGACUCUUAGAAGCUACAAUAAUUUUAACUUAUAAUCAGUGUUUAAGCUAGCAAUUUAUAAGUGUCUACCACCUUUUAUAAGUGUGUUUUAAUAUAAUAGUGCCAGACACCUCUUGUGUUUUUAUUUUAUGUUGACGAGAUCUUAAGUGUAUUUGAGGUGACGAUAAUUUUCAUUGAAGUAUUAUUAUUUUUUUAUAGCCUGGUUGCCUGUUAUCCAGACUUGACCUAAUACUCCUAGGUUAGGUUAGGAUUACAGUAGACGGUUUGUGUCGUUUGCUUCAGAAGUUUAUUAGGGAUCAACUAAUCAAGGUAACUGUGAUAGACUGGUGUUAUAGUGAAAUAUACAAAAAUGUUUAUAAAAUUUUAAAUAAAUAAUGAAAUGUAUAAAUGUUUAUAAGUUAUGCCUAAAACAAUCAUAUACUUUUCCACACCAGAAAUUAAUAUAGGAUUAAUGUAUCGAUGAAGAGAUAAAGUUCCAUAUAAAUUUUCUGAAGUCAUAUGAAGCUGAACUGACUACAGAGGAUCGGAAUCUAUAUGCAGAAAAUACUCUUGUUUAUCGAUCUCGAAACGCUAUACCCUAAGUCUAUGGUUCUACACUAAACAACAACUCUUGGUAUUUAAUAAAUACUGAAAUACUAUGAUUAUUUUACCUUGAAUAACAGAAAGAAGCACCGAUAACCAUUGAGGAUUCAUUUAAUAACCUUCCCCUGUAAUUAGGUUCUUGCUUACGAGGUUCUUAAGUGAUGUUGUGCUUAUAGCCUAACUGGGUCCGUGGGUCACAGUUGGUAAGAAAAAUAUAAUUACUAUCAACAUCAAAACAACAACAAAUUAUGUAAAGUUAUGAUAUUAAGUAAAAGUGAAACACGAUUAGAUUGUUGGGUGAGUGAGUUUGUGUCUGGAUAUGAUUAUAUUUUUUAUUACGUUCCAUUAUCAUAUGACACUGUGUUGCCGCUGUUAAAGAAACACCCUUCCUUAUGUGUGGGUUCAUUAUGACAGGACGUGGCCUUAUAAACCAUAUGCAGAGAAUAAUUCACUAAGUUAAAUUAAAAACCUUAACCAUGAUCAGUAAAUGUAAAGUGAAAAUGGGUUAAAGUAAAAAGCAAAUGAAACUAACGUAUCUAAGUGGUAGUAACUGGGUAAAGAGCUUUAAGUAUAGUCGUUGUGUUCUGUCACUCACGCAGUAAACAAAUGAUUCAGAGAUGACUAGUUUAGGCUGUUGGUGGUGAAGGACAAUAUGUCAAUAACACCACGCGAGGAAGGCUGCUCCUUAGUGGAAGUACUUCAGAAGGCUUCGUAUGUGUGGCGACUUACUCAUUCGUUCAUAGUGUAUCGUAGAGAGUGAAGUAGUAACGCUGGAAUAUAAAUCAAACGAGAUACUAACAGUAUUGUGGAGAAACGAAACUAUGGUGGAAAUAUAUUACUGAACAUUUAUGUGAAACUUGACUUGUGGGAGUGAAUUCGACGAAAUGUCUUUUUUUUUUAAUAUCGAACCCCGUGUGUUGCUCCUGGGAAUGGUAUAGACUUUGUAUUUAGACUGAAUUAUCUCUCGGUGAAAUUUCAAAAGGAUAUUUCUCGUGUAUGAAGCUCAGAAAAUACCAAUCAAUCACACGAAUGUCACAAGUGGAAUGAGGAGUCACUCAACAACGAAAUACGAACAUAUAAAGACAGACAAGAGUGGCAGAGUGAGACACUUACCAUGGCUCCAGGGGGCAUUAUAGGACCUGUCCACCCUCACCACCUUGCCCAGGGACGCCUCUUGCCCCCACUUCCUCAGGAUGACUCACCCCACUAUCUGCCCCCUCCGGCCCUCACAGUCAGCUUACAAGACAGAACUGCCAACAUACCCGACCCUCACCACUUUGUCAACACCAGGGCUGCCAACAUACCCGACCCUCACCACUUUGUCAACACCAGGGCUGCCAACAUACCCGACCCUCACCACUUUGUCAACACCAGGGCUGCCAACAACAAAUCACAACUAGACCAGAUCAUUAAGGAUACGCUUAGAAUGCCACAUCCUCGCUCUACCAGAGAUGCCAACAGCAACCUGGCGUUCAUGGCAUUCGUGAUGGCCCUCCUGGACACUGUCGUCAACAUCGUCAACACCAUCAAUAACAACAACAAUAACAACAACAAUAAUAACAACAAUAACAACAACAAUAACAACAACGCUAACAUCAAUGACCUUGUAGCAAUGAGCGAGAACAACAACGACAACAUGGUGAUGGGGAAGACGCUGUUCCAGAGAGUCAGUCGCUUCCUCCACGACACCGUCACCACCGUCACCGCCCCCUUCACCUCCGUCUUCUCUGCUCUCACGUCCACCUCCUCCGCCUCCUCCCAGGUUCCUUCCUCGCCCGCCUCCUCCUCCCCAUAAAAUUAAUCUGACUUGACCAACCUAACCUACCAUGGCCAAAUGAGAUGUAACAUAAUUAAAUAAUAGCUUGACCUAAUCUAACUUGAGUUUAACCUAAUCUAACAUAAUCGACCACUAACCUCCUUUAAUCUAUAAUGAACAUAAAUUAGCUUAAUUUAACCAACCUUUAACCUGGCCUACUCCUAACAUAGAAUAAUUAGAGUUAUCCCUAACAUAAUCUAUUGGUUCAUUAUCUCCGUGUAACAUAGUUAAGUGGAUUAGUUUUUGUUAGUAAUUUAAUCCCUUGAGUACGAUGGUGUUAACCCCUUGAGUACUAUAAGUUUGACCCCUUGAGUACGGUGGAAUUAACCCCUUGAGUACAAUGGCAUCAACCCCUUGAGUACAAUGGCAUCAACCCCUUGAGUGCAAUGGCAUCAGCCCCUUCAGUACAAUGACAUUAACCCCUUGAGUAUAAUGAGAACCUUUAAAUAUGUUUACACUAGUCCUAACCCCUUGAGUACGAUAAAUGUAAGAUCCUCGUAAUCAAGGGAUUAACGCCAUCGUACUCAAAGGAUUAAGAUACUUUCAGGUCUUUCUCGAUGCGCCAGACACCUGUAUAUAUGUUAAUCUUGACUGAUAACUGACAGGACUUGACGAGAUUAUCUUUAUACAUAGUGUAGAUAAUUCUUGGUUAUCUUUGUUUAUUAUUUAAUGAUAAUUGUACUCAGAUAAUUCUAUGAGAUGAAUAAAAU